AUGUGGAAGGAUUUGAAAGUUCCGCCUGAGACUCUAAGAUUGUCUAUGGUCCUGCCAACAGGCCAACUUUUUACGUGGAAGGAGACAAAAUCUGGUACUUGGAUGGGUGUAAUCCGAUCUCUCAUAGUAGAAUGUAAAGAAACGCCAACAACUACCAAAUACCGAAUAAUAAACUUAGACAAUCCUUUGAAUAAUAAAUUAAGUGAAGAAUUUAUACAUUCCCUAGUAACUCACCUGUUCAACUUACAAGUAGACACUAUGCAUGUUAUUGAGAGUUUUAAAGACGAUAGGCUGGUAAAAUUACAUGAAAAAUACAAGGGACUAAGGGUGCUACAGCAGGACCCAGUAGAGUGUAUAUUCUCUUUCAUCUGCUCAGCAAAUAAUAAUAUUAAGAGGAUAACAAAAAUGAUCCAGUCAUUGAAAGAAGAGGCAGGAAUUCCUUUAGGCAACGGUUGGUAUCAAUUUCCAGAACUAUACAAAUUGGCAAAUUUGAAAACUGAAACCCUUAGAAAAUUAGGAUUUGGAUUUAGGGCAUCAAGAAUACCACAUGCUGCCAAACAAAUACUAGAUCGUGGUGGUGUUGAAUGGCUCCAUCAACUAAAAAAAUUGCCUCUUGAAGAUUGUAGAAAUGAGCUUAUCCAAUUAAGUGGCGUCGGGCCCAAAAUUGCAGAUUGUAUCUGUUUGUAUUCUCUAGGGUUCAUUAAUUGCGUCCCUUUGGAUGUACACAUACUUAGAGUUUCAAGCAAAUAUGUGCCCAAGGGUAUCAAUGGGUACAAUAAUAUCCAAAAACAGUUAGAAAAACGGUUUGGCCCAUAUGCCGGAUGGGCUCAGUGCCUAUUGUAUUUGGAACAGAUCAGUAAAUAA